GUUGGAUGAGGACACUUCAGCUUCUCCAUGACCUGCAACUCGUGUUGAAAUAUCUGUCCACGACACUAUGAAACGAAGGCAGCCAUUAAAAACUGCAAAUUCUUGAUUCAGGAUGGCUUCAUCGAUCUCAUGCUGCAAAUGGGUGGGCCAAAAUAAAAGCGAUCGAGCCCAAAGAAUAGUCUUAUCAUCACACUUACCAAGCCAUCUCUCUCUCUUUGGCUUUCUCAACUGAAGAUCAUGGAGGAAAGAGUUCUUUUGCUCUUUGCUAGUCUCCUGCUCAUCACUCUGAUCACCAAAUUCCUUAAGGCAACACCUAGAGCACCACAAUUGAAGCAUUCGUCACCGAAAUGCUAUCCUCUGGUCGGUUCCCUCUUCUCUAUAGUCGCUAAUGGCGACCGCAUCGCCCAAUACAUGUCCGACCUCAUCAGAGCCUCACCCACCCACACUGCCUUCUUCCCCCUUCCCUUUGGCUCCUGCUUAAUCGCCACUGCGAACCCUUCGAACGUCCAGCACAUCCUCAAGACGCGAUUCCACGCCUAUCCAAAAGGCUCCACCUUCUACGUCACCCUCUACGAUCUCCUCGGCGACGGCAUCUUCAACACCGACGGCGAGUCGUGGAAGACCCAGAGGAAGAUCUCAAGCCACGAGUUCAACAACCGGUCCCUCCGCAAGUUCAUCGACACAGCCAUCUGGUCGGAGAUUGCCGGCCGACUGCUUCCCCUGCUCUGCUCCGCCGCCGCCGAACAGAGGGUCCUAGACCUCCAAGACGUUCUGCAGAGAUUCGGGUUCGAUAACAUCUGCAAGAUCGCUUUUGGGUUUGACCUCGGCUGCCUCGAUCCCAGCCGGCCGCCGUCCGACUUUGUUGUCGCCUUCGACGACGCCGUCCGGCUUCUCGGCAAAAGGUUCACCACCGUCUUCCCCAUAAUAUGGAAGAUCAAACGCGUCCUCAGGGUUGGUUCCGAGAAGCAGCUCCAAGAUGCUUUGGCAAUCGUCAAUGGCUUCGCCGAAAAGCUUGUACGCGAGCGAAAGCAGCAGCAACAGGCGAAUUCCAUGGCUGAAAACUCCGACCUCCUCGGGAGGUUUAUUAGUUCUAGCGAUGAUGCAGAUGAGAAGUUCGUCAAAGACAUGGUGAUCAGCUUCAUACUAGCAGGGAGAGACACCACUUCAGCGGCGCUUACGUGGUUCUUCUGGCUUGUUUCGCGCCAUGACCGGGUGGAAGAUGAGAUCCUCAAGGAGCUGUCCGCCAUUGAAAGGGAAGCGUUGGGCUUCGAAGAAGUAAAAGAGAUGAAUUAUUUGCACGCGGCCAUCUGUGAAAGCAUGCGACUCUAUCCGCCGGUGCCGAGCGACAGCAAACAAGCAGCUGAGGAUGAUAUCUUGCCGGACGGCACCGUGGUGCCAAAAGGAGCAAUUGUUGCUUAUCAUCCGUAUGCAAUGGGGAGGAUCGAAUCACUGUGGGGAAAAGAUUGGGAGGAGUUCCGGCCGGAGAGAUGGCUACAAAAGGAUGGUGGAGGUGCAGAAGGGAAGUGGAGGUUCAUGGCAGAGGACCCCUACAAAUAUCCGGUGUUUCAGGCAGGGCCAAGGGUGUGUUUGGGAAAGGAGAUGGCAUUUAUUCAGAUGAAGAGCGUCGCCGCUGCUGUUCUCCGGCGGUUCAGGGUGGUGGCGGCUCCGCCAGACUUUGAGCCAGUUUUCACAGUAGACAUUUCGUCAAAGAUGAAGGGCGGUUUUCCGGUGAGGGUGGAAGAGAGGAAUGUCUGUUCUAGUUCAUAGAUUUUAGUGCCUGAAUCUCAGUGAAGUUAAUCUGAAUCAAGUGCCGUGGCGAAAUGAUUAGAAGUUCAAACUGUGCACAAUGUAAAAUGUUUAUAACUUUAAAAAGGUGCAAUUGAAGGACAUACUCUGUCUCCCUUGCUUCCUUCAGCAUCUGCAUCUGCAUCUGCAUGUAUUUUGUCAUUAUCAAAUAUAUUUCCAUGAAACAUAAUGAAGCAUUCAGUUUUUUCUUUUUC